UCAAUGGCCGUCUACUGGUUAUUGUGUUCGGGUGUCGAGAUCUGAGCAAUGUUAGUAGUUUUCUCUUAUUUUAUGCGCGCUGCUCGUUGUGCAUUCAGUUUUGCUUGAUCUGUGGUAAGACACUGAGCGUUGAGUUUGUUUUGUUGAAUGUGCUCAGUUCGUAGUUUUUGUGAACCUAGUGCGACCGGCUCGUUCAACUUGCCAUCAUGUUAGGCCUAGGCGCGGUGAAGUGCGCCCGCAAGUGCGAGGUGCGUUUUCCGCAAGAAACCAAACGUGGGCUUGCCUUGCGAACUUGCCGUUAAGGGAAACGAAAGCGCACUGUAGUUCGCACAUGCUUGACACGCGCAUCCAACAAAGGGGGUCUAUUCCCCACAUGCACCCAGAAAAACACAUUGCCUCUUCAGUGUGCCAGAGCCUGUUUUGUUGUUUCCCCACUGAAGGCGUGGAGCAUCUGGGGGUACAGCUCAGACACUCAGGCUCUUUGCUUGGGUGCCGAAUAACAGCAAGAUUGAAGAGGAUAGUGAGGCCACACUAGGGUUUGAGUGCCCUUGAGCAAGUGGAAGUAGCAUGGCAUCCAUUGAGGAGCACCAGGAACUUGCAGUUGGCAGCAGUGGUGCAAGUGAUUGUGAGGGCUCUGCUACUGGGAGCUUAGCUGGACCACAGUCACCUGAAGCUCCAGAGAGUGUGCUUGAAGAGGGGGAAGCGGUGGCUGAGAGAAAGAGCGAGGAACCAGCAGUGCAGGAAGCUGAACCUGUUACUGUUGCACCAAUCCACUCUCCUGGGGGCUGCAAUGAGGGGGUUGUUGAGAGUGAGGAAGAGGGCGCUGUUCAUAGCCCAGAGCCUGCACCACAACAGCACUUAACCGAGGACAUCAGCGAGGAUGCCGUGGAGGCAGCCCCUGCUGUGCCCGUGGCAAAGAAGUGCCUCAACAGCCGCUCUAUGGAGCCCCUGGAAGGAGAACUGGACUUUGAGGAUGAUGCUCCACCGGAGUCACCUAGCGGCACCUCACUUGACAAAGCGCCAAACAAAGACAGCAAGGAGGGCAAAGCGAAAGCAGACAACUUAGAAGAGGGAGAGGCUGAAGAUGAUGGCGAAGUGUCUGAUGUCAGUGGCACAGAGCUGUCGGUGCAGGAUGAUGACUUGGAAGAAGGCGAACUACCCGAGGGUGCUGGUGGAGGUACCGGAGCCACACGCAAGGCUGCCCAGGCGCCGCGGCCUAUUUGUCGUUUUUUCAACAAGGGGCAGUGCACGUGGGGUUCUUCGUGUCGAUUCAUCCACCCAGGCAUUAAUGACAGGGGCAACUAUAACAUGUUUGCCACUGUUCCCAAGCCACCACACCACCACAUGCCACCACCAAUUGGAGGACCAGCGGCAGUCAUGCGUGGUGGAGCGCCACCGCCAGAGUUUCUUGGGCCCCCAAUGCCACCGCUGCCGCCACCACCCGAAGAAAUGAUGCUGCCACCAGUAGAGUCCGCGUGGGAGCGAGGUCUCCGUCAUGCUAAAGAACUUAUGAAGCGUGCUUCUCGUCGUAAAGAACAGGAGCCUGACUUUGAGGAGAAGCGGCUCAACAUAGUACCGCCACAUCAUGAUCGGACACCACUACAGUCUGAGGUUGACAAAGAAAAUGACUUCUACGGGGCAAGUGUGCCUCCAACAUCUCGGGGCAUGAGUCCUCCUUACGUACGGCCUCCAAUGCCACCACCUCCUCCUCACCACCUUCCCCGAGGUGGUCGGAGAGGUGAUAGCCGCAGGGAUGAUUUCUAUGGCUUCGAUGAGCCGGAUUCUCUUGAGCAUUCGGAGCGAGAGGCCAGAGAAUAUUGGCAUGGUGGACGCUACGAGAACUUUGAAGUGCGCUGGAGCAAUCGGCAGGAGUAUGACCACAGGGAUCGAAGGGAAAAGGACCGGAGGCCUGGUCGUAGUUAUGAUAGAGAAAAAGGUAGCUAUUCUCAUACAACCCGAUCUGACCGACCACAUGGGGGUGGCUCUGAAAGGGAACCACGUUGGCGGGAGGAUCGCUUCCAAGAAGCCCCACCUCCACCUUUGAAUCGUUCACGGCCUGAUGAGUGGCGGGAUCCAUGGAGAAGGUCAAAGACGCCCAAGGGUCGAAGAAGUAGAUCCAGAGGUCGUAAUCGGAGGUCCUUUUCAAACUGUUCCUCUAGAUCACUUUCAUCCCAGUCAUCAAGGACAUCCGACAGUUGCUCCCGCAGCUCUUCUUCUCGAAGCUCUUACACCAGUUAUGACAGCCGUUCCAGGUCCCGGUCACCUGCUCCUGCUGCUGCACCAGCUGGAAGGCCACGUGGCAAUCAGCCCCCAUCAAGGGGACCACCCAUGUAUGGCCCUCCAAGCCAAGGGCCGGGCAAGCAGGGUGGUGGUGGUGCUAGCGGUGGAACCAGUGGUGGCACAGGUGGUGCAAGAUCUCCUGUACUGGAUCGCCGAAAACAGUACAAUCCCUCACCUCCUCCUAACACUACUCCCUUAAGUCCUUCCCGCAAGUCCCGGAGGAAAGGACCCAGCCCUCUACCAAGCAAGCAGAAGAAGUCACGAAGUGGUAGCUUCUCUGCAAGCUCCUCACGAUCCCGCAGUCGGAAUACAAUAUUAUCUAAGGGAGGGACACUUGAAACAAAGAAACGUUUCAUGGCCAC